AUGCUCGACGUUCUUCAACUUCCUCCUCACUUGGUCCACCAAAUGUGGUCUUAUUUACCUCUCACCCACCAUCUCUUGUUCUGUGCCUCUGGUUCCCAUAUCAUUCGUGGUUCCUCGACUGCAUUCCUCUUUCAUUCAAUUCAUAUCUCCAACACCCACUUGAACCACAGUUCCCAUGUGUUAUCUCUCGCUCUUGCUGAUCUACCCAUCUUCCAAUCAACAAUCUUCAAGUUAAACAGAUCUCUCUUCAUAUCGGUUAAUAUAGAUCUAAAUGACCUUAACAAUUUAUCCUCCAUAAACACUUAUUUGAUCAGCCUACUCAAUAAAUUAAUCUAUUUCAACAAUUUAUCAAAUUUGUCCUUUAAAAUCAUUUCAAAACCAAACAAAAUCUUUCCAAAUACCAAUAACAUUACCAGCAAUACUGACCUUGAAAACUUUAAUAGAUUUGUAAACUAUUUAAAUUGUAUCCUUGAUUUGUUACUAUUAUUCAACAAAAAUUCUCUCAGAUCUUUGUGCUAUUUGAAUCAUUUAAGCAAGAUUAAUCUAUAUUAUAUUAAUUAUAACCAUUUUUACUAUAACUAUCAUAUUGAGUCUAACUUAUUCAACAACCAUAUUAACAGCCUUACAAAUCUUACUUUCAAAUCUCCUUUAUUAUUAAAUGCAGACUUGACUGAUAAUAAAUUUAUCAAUAAAUUUGGCAUCGCUUCUAUAAUUAAUCAAAAUUCAAAUUUGACGUACUUGAACCUAUCCUAUAAUAAUUUAUCUUUUCUCAAUUUGUCGAAAUUCCCGCCUUUACCCAAUCUUUCGCAUCUAAAUUUAUCAAAUAACAAUAUAAAUAUCAUAUCUAUGUCUCUAUCUCUACAGAUGCCGAUAUCUAUUCAAAACCCUGUGCCAUCGUUGAAAUAUCUUUAUAUGAAUAAUAAUAAAAUUGUUAAUAUCUCCUUUUUAUAUAAUCUCAACUUAUCAAAUCUCUUUAUUUUAAAUGUCGCUGAUAAUUUAAUCGCCGAUAAUGAUAUUAAAAAUCUAUCAUCGUAUUUAGAUCAAAUUAAUAAUUCACAUAUUCUAGUUGCUUCUAAAAGUCAAAAUACUGUUAAUGCAAAUAAUCUUAUCAAUAACCACAUACUAUUACUCUUUUCGUUGAUUCUCUUAUUAUACCUAUGCUUAUAA